UAAAGAUCCCCACUUUGUGUGUGUUUAGGGCCAUUUGCAGAUAAUACAGGAAGGGUAGGCUGAGCAAAAAGCAAUUUUCUGAGCCAAGUCUUCAUUCCCUGUCUUCCAGCCUCCCAUGCCAAAGCAGAGGCUUCUGAUCAAGGGCGGAAGAGUUGUGAAUGAUGACCAAUCUGUGGAGGCUGAUGUGUAUGUGGAAGAAGGAGUGGUGCAGGAUGUGGGACCAAACCUAAAUCCCAAGCCUCCCAAUGGCCUCACCGUGCUGGAUGCGACCAACAAGCUGGUGAUCCCUGGGGGCAUCGAUACACACACGCACUUGCAAUUCCCUUUCAUGGGCACCACAUCAAAAGAUGACUUCUAUACAGGAACAAAGGCUGCUGUAGCAGGAGGCACCACUAUGAUCAUUGACUUUGCCAUUCCUCAGAGAGGCUGCUCUCUUAUUGAAGCUUUUAAUAAAUGGAAAAGCUGGGCAGACCCUAAGGUUUGCUGUGAUUAUGCACUGCAUGUGGCUGUUACCUGGUGGAGCGACAAGGUGAAGGAGGAAAUGAAAAGUCUUGUUCAAGACAAAGGUGUCAAUUCCUUCAAGAUGUUUAUGGCCUAUAAAGAUUUAUACAUGCUUAGUGAUGAUGAAUUGUACGGAGCUUUCUCUUGCUGUAAGGAACUUGGAACAAUUGCUCAGGUUCAUGCGGAGAAUGGGGAGCUAAUAGCACAGAACACGAAGAAGUUGCUGGCAAUGGGGAUAACUGGUCCUGAGGGUCAUGCUUUGUCACAUAGUGAAGAUGUGGAAGCUGAAGCUACGCAUAGAGCAAUUACCAUAGCAAAUACCAUAAACUGCCCCCUUUAUGUAGUCCAUGUGAUGAGUAAGUCUUCAGCAAGGAUGAUAACCAAUGCACGAAAUGAAGCUUCCAGGAGGAUCUGCUCCGUUAUCUUCCCUGGCACUGAGAUAAGACUGACAGGAAAGGUGGUUUACGGGGAGCCUAUUGCUGCUGGUCUUGGCAUCGAUGGUACCAACUACUGGAAUGAAGACUGGGCUCAUGCUGCAGCACACGUGAUGUCACCUCCACUCAGUCCAGAUCCUUCUACUCCGGAUUUCCUCAUGAACUUACUGGCCAAUGAUGACCUGUCUGUGGUAGGGACUGACAACUGCACUUUCGACACAUGCCAGAAAGCUCUGGGAAAGGAUGAUUUCACCAAAAUCCCUAAUGGACUGAAUGGAGUGGAAGACAGGAUGUCAGUAGUGUGGGAAAAAGGCGUUUACAGUGGAAAAAUGGAUGAAAACAGAUUUGUAGCUGUUACCAGCACAAAUGCAGCAAAGAUCUUUAACCUUUAUCCGAAGAAGGGAAGAAUUGCUGUGGGUUCUGAUGCAGAUAUCGUAAUUUGGGAUCCUGAAGCUACAAGGACAAUAUCUGCAAAGACACAUCACCAGGCCAACAACUUCAAUGUGUUUGAAGGAAUGGUCUGUCAUGGAGUCCCCGUUGCAACAAUUUCAAGAGGCAAAGUGGUUUAUCAUGACGGAGUUUUCAAUGUCACAGCAGGACAAGGCAAAUACGUCUCUCGUCCACCAUUUCCUCCAUAUGUCUAUGAACGAGUCAAGCAGCGGGAGGAGGUCUGUCAGCCAAUUCCUGUUAAGAGAGAACCAUAUGCAGGCGUGGUCUCAGCAACACCUGUCACACCAAGAUAAAAGCAGAUGAAAAUGACCCUGAUGUCUCCACCGAAGAAGUGCACAUUUAGUUCAAAACCAGCUUCUCAAGUGCCAAUGUGAAACAACUGCAACCAAUAAACUGCGCUUCCUGCAUGAAAGUUGUCUUGCAAUCUCUCUUUAAAAGAAAUUUUAUUAGUAAAGCUUGAAAACACUUUUUAGAAAAUGACAUAAUAUUAAAUAUUAAUUGCAAUUAUAAUAUGGCAGUAGGUCUGUAGAUUCUUAAAUGUGGGUAAAUCUGGGGGCAAUUUCUUAAUAUUUAUCUUUAAAGGGGGUCUGGUAACCUGUACAGUAAAAGCAAUGAACAGUAGCCUUUAAACACAUGGCAUACAUUAUCCAGUCACAGCCUAUGAACCCUAAUUCUCUAAUUAAUGUAUUAGAAAGAUCUCUGUAUUUAGGGACACAAGGAAUUCUCAUACCAGAUCCUGGAGCUGAUUCUUCUAUUUUCCUGUUCUCUAUUUCUGAAAGGGAUCAGGUACAGAAAAGUACUGACUCGGGGGGAACUGUCACUAUUUUAGAGCUGCUGCUACAUCUCCCUGUUCUGUGUUUAACGUGGAUUUCAAUCCUGCCAGUUACACAGCCAAGUGUUUAUUGGCAUGGUCAAGCAUUUCCUAUUAUAACCUACGGAAAUCUAUGCUAAUUGUGCUGCUGAACUCAUCUACUGUAUUGAUUCUGGACAUAGACCUUCUAACUUAAAGGGUUACGAAUCGAGGUUAUUAGGACAUGAACUUUUGAAAAUCUUUUUACAGAAAAUGUGAAGUUUCCCUCAAUAUAAAUGAUACAAAUUGUGAGUUUUCUGUUCAUUUGUUUUCUAGGAUAGGAUUCUUGAAUUUAAAAAUAUAUAUUCUCACUUUUUAAAUGUAUUUGAUUUCCCCUCUGAGAAGUAAUUGUAUUCUAAGAAGCAUGAAUCUGUUUCCCCAUAUAGGCAUAUUUUGCUUCAGAAACCUAGAAUUAGGUUUAAAUUCAAAUUUUUACAUGCAUUAGCCCUCUAUUUUUAAGCAGCAGAAAUAUUUAAGAGAGAAAUGAGGCCAACAGAACACCGCCUGUAUGGAGAUUUUUGUGUCCUGUAUUUGGAAGCGCUGUAACCUGUUCUGUGCAAGCCGUAAGCCAAACAAGCACAUGGGGGACAUUCAUCUUUGUAAGACAGACACAGAAAGCAUGUGAUAGUUACUGUUCUUUUAAAUUUGACAGUGGAAGACAGUCUUAUAUUUCCUGCUACAUUCAUAGGCAUAUGAUGAUGUAUGAGCUUGUAACAGAAACAAACUCUAAUACAUUGGUAGUUCUUCUGUCUCUAAACAGCAAAGGAGACUCUUCUUUGUAAGGUGAUGGAGGUUAAUUGCGUGUGUUUAGGAAGAGCUAGCACAGGCUCCCAGCUCUCCAGCUCUCUUUGACAGAAUGGCAGAACCAGGUAUCCAGUACUAUCACAAUCACUGUUAAAAGGUAGUAGAAUUCACAUUCUGUGUAGACUUCUAGAUCUGUAGAUGUAUAGAUCUGUAUGUGAGUUUAUGUCUAGUCUCUUUGUAAACAACAAAGAGAAUGAGGUCCUCCA